AUGGAUUCUACCAAUAUUAUUAUUCCAUUUGAUUUUCCAUUUGCUAUUUUGGAAAAUCGUCAUAAUCCUGAUCCGAAUGAUAAACUCGUUUAUGCCGUUGCUGAUGGUCAAUAUACAUAUGGUCCACUUUCAUUAUAUCAAUAUCAUAAUGAUGAAAAUUAUUCUAAAACAAUUCGAGAGGAAGAAUUACCACCAUCAUUACCAUGCAAAGAAUUUUAUAUUGUUGAAUCUGGCUUUACAACUGAUGAUGCAAUUGAAAUAAUCGAUGAAAAUCGUGGACCUAUUCAUGUUAAAGAACUUUCUAUUGUCGAUGACGAUUCUAUGAUAACGUUUGAUACCGAAUCUGAACAAAUUCAUAUGAAAGAACUUUUUAAAGAAAUGGCUGAAUGUAAAAAUGAAAUUCGAAAUCUUAAAUCAAUUGUUUUAUCUGAAAAUCGUCUUAAUACACGUCGAUCAACUUCAACAGAUUCGCCUCAUUAUCAAGAUGCAGAAAAUAAUUCUAAAUGGAUUCGUGGAGGUGCUGGUCAUCGUUCAGCAAAUACUGGACAUAUGUCUGAUGAUGGUGGUGUAUCAACCCCAUUACGUUACAAGAAAUCAACUGGUAUUCGUAAACCUCAACAAGUUCAAUCAUCAAUUGUUCAACGAAGUGUAUCAUCAACAUUAACAAAUAGAAAUGUUUUAACACCACUUCGAGGUAAAACAACAUCAACAAUGUCAUCAGUCACAGCAAAAUAUGCUACACCAAUGCGAACAGCAUUAUCAACAACUAAAAAAGUUGUUUUAAAAAAUAUUAAAUCAUCUGGUUAUGGACAAUUUAAUGUUACAAAUAAUACAACAACUACAAUUAAAAAACAACAACAACAAUUGGCUACACUUGCAACACCUGGACGAUCGUUUAGAAAAUAA